AAGGCCGUCACCAAGUCUUGCACUAAAAAAACACGACGCUCUUUUAACAUGACAUCAAAAUUAAGCACAACAAAUAAAACAAGCGCCUAUGUUACCGGCUCAAACCCCGCCACCCACCCAGGGCGAGCAGGCGUCAACAGAAGCCCGCGCAGACAGCAAGCAUCAGCGUGUCGUCGAGAGUACCGGACUUUUGGGCAGAUCAACCGUGACUCUGUUUUGUCCAAUUUGAGACCGUUAUAGAGAAUCAAAAACUCGGAUGCGCCCAAGCAGAACCUUGUCGUUACCAAACUUAGCAAAAGCGCCAUACAGCAGUGGUCACUGCCUGCUGUUCUCUAAAGGGGUGUGGCAGGAACUGGACGGACAACUGUUGGUGUCGUGGGCGUCACGAGUAUACUGUGACUAUGUCAUAGCAGUGGGCGUGCUCAUGUUCCUCGUAUGCCUAGUGCAGAUAUACAGGAUGUCCGUGUUCCUGUACCGGGGGCAGGACAGCUCGUUCCUGUCGGCGUUCGUGGAGGCGGUGUGCUGCGUGGGUUGGUGCGCGCUGGUGGUGGUGGCCGCGGUGCUGGUGACGCUGGGCUUCAUGACCUGGUGCACCAACAUAGUGGAGAGGUUCCCCAGCUGUGAAGAUGCGGCCGGUCAGGACAUUGACAAGAAGGAUGAAAUAUCAACAAACGGUUUCUACAUGGAAAUCGGUACAGCACAGUUCGGGGCAUGGGCUGCAGAACAUCCAGGUGUCCAUGUACAGGGAGCGGCAGAGGCUCGUCAACGAGGGCUCCCCACACCUGGCGCCUUAGGUUUGCUGAUAUUCCAAAGUUGCGACUACGUUAACAGAGUUUGUGGACAAAGAAACGUUGUAUUGUGA